AUGCGUACCUUCCUGCAAACCCUGCUGCUGGCAGCCCUCCUCAGCCUCGUCGCCAAUGUCCUCGCCAUCCCCGUCCCCAUGAGCGACGACGAGAUCCAACGCCGCUGGUCCCGCGGCGAAUCAGAGGUAUGCUGCUCGCCCCACGGGCCGGGCUGCUACAUGCUCGCCUGGUUCCGUAGCCUGGCCGCCGUCAGGCGGGAGCAGGACGCCGGGCAAUCGAUCCACGCGGCUCAAUCGUACCGAGACGCCACACCGGCUUGGGCGGUGCUCGACCGCAGCAGCGAGGACAGCAAGUUCACAUACGCCACCGAUGAGCGCACGAUGGCCUCGCACAUGGGAUACCAGAAGAGGGAGGCACCGAUGACGCCGCAAUUGCUGGCCAAGAUGAAGGCCUUCGUGAAGACCUUCUACCGGAACAGGGGUGAGAAGGCGCCCGUUGCGAGGAGUGAGCGGGAUGGCAUGGCGCCGGUGUUGAAGCCGAGAGGAGGGUGGAAGUACGCUUUCAGAGCUUGA